UUGGAUUCAUAUAGCGCUUUUCUAGUCAUAAUGGCCACUCAAAUCACUUUGAACUAGAGCCACAUUCACCCAAUCGCACUCACUAACGCGCACGACGCACAGAUCAGUAGAUGUGCCUUGCCCAGAGGCACAUCGACACGGAAUCGACCGCGCGCCUUCGGAUUGCAAGAUGACUACGCUACCCACUUUGCCACAGUCGCCCCAGCCUCGCUGGGUCUAUGAAGACCAACAGACACUAUCUACGUAACCAGAUGUUUGUUGUUUAACAUCUGUACGGCCACUAUGCCUGGACACUGACGGGGACAUUCCAAACUAGCGAUGUGGAUGGAAAACUGGCUCAAAGAUAACUGCGUUUCCAAGUUAUCCCCUGGUAACUUUCUAAGGCGGUCCAGCUGUAACUGCUUCUCCACAUAAUCCACAAUGUCAUUACCAAAUGAGUCAGGAAACAGAGGGAAAGACCGAGAGAGGGGGGCCCGCCCAAAGGUGAGGCAGAGCCGCUCCGAGGAGAGGAGGGACUCCGGCGGUGGGCGCAAAGGCGGAAAGGGGAAGAAAAAAGGCCUCUCCUCGCACGAAGCGGCGGCUGAGCGGCCCGUCAGUGACGGCUUCGAGUACGGCGAGCUGUUAAAUGAUCUGGACGCCAAGAGCCAAACUUCCCCCUCCCCCUCCCCUCUGAGGGAGACGUGGAAAUGGCAGGGCUUGGAUGUCACGGCGUCGUCUUCGGGGCAAGGCGCUGCAGCCAAGCAAGGUCCGGGCACGGUCGGCUCGGCCUCCGAACUACCCGCUCUCUGCGAGGCAGAGGGCAGAGGUUCAAGCAGCAGUCGCACUCUCAGGCAAAAGAUCCAGGACGCGAUGGGCCAAUGUUUUCCCAUCAAGACGCACAGCGCCGCAGCACCGGCUCCACCCCCGCAGGCCUUUUCGCCGUCAGCCGCCUGCGCCUCCUCCAGGCGGAAGAUCCAUCUGAGCGAGCUGAUGCUGGACGACUGCCCGUUCCCCGUAGGGUCCGAGCUGGCCCAGAAGUGGUACCUCAUUAAGCAGCACACCGCCCCCAUCACUCAGCCUCCGCUGCUGGAGACGGCAGUGGUGUGCAGCGCCCCGACCUCGGCGCUGGCCGCCGUGGAGGACGUGGACGACAGGCUGCGGGAGCGCCGGCGCAUCAGCAUCGAGCAAGGCGUGGAGCCCCCUCCCAACGCCGAGAUCCACACGUUCGAGGUGACGGCUCAGAUCAACCCGCUGUACAAGCACGGCCCCAAGCUGGCGCACGGCAUGAACGAGCUGGCCGGGACCGACGGCGCCUCCGCCCAUCAGCAGCAGCAGCUUCUUCUCCAGCGGCAGCACCAGCUCCUGCUGCAGAGCUGCCUGGACACUCUGGACGAAGUCGCCGCCUCGGCGUCCGCCGCCCUCCACGCCGCCGACGCGGCGCCCUCGGAGCCGCCGGCGGACCCGGAGGCGACGGCGAACAGCCUCACCUCCAGGGCGGCACUGCCUCGGCCCGAGCAGGAGAAAUCCCACGAAGGCUACCGCUUCCACACCCAGAUCGACUACAUUCACUGCCUGGUCCCCGACCUGCUGCAGAUCACCAACCUGCCGUGCUACUGGGGCGUCAUGGACCGCUACGAGGCGGAGACGCUGCUGGAAGGAAAGCCCGAGGGCACCUUCCUGCUGCGCGACUCCGCCCAGGAGGACUACCUCUUCUCCGUCAGCUUCCGCCGCUACGGCCGCUCCCUGCACGCGCGCAUCGAGCAGUGGAACCACAACUUCAGCUUUGACGUCCACGACCCCAGCGUCUUCCACGCGCCCACGGUGACGGGGCUGCUGGAGCACUACAAGGACCCCAACUCUUGCAUGUUCUUCGAGCCCCUCCUGUCCAACCCCAUCCACCGCACGCACCCCUUCAGCCUGCAGCACAUCUGCAGAGCCGUCAUAAGCAGCUGCGCCACGUACGACGGCAUCAACGUGCUCCCCAUUCCAAACGCGCUGAAAAAACACUUGAAGGAAUACCACUACAAGCAGAAGGUGCGAGUACGGCGGAUGGACACGUGGUGGGAAUGAGAAGCGAGGUUAAAAACGGACACGAGGACACCACCAAAUACAGCCCUGUGUAGAAACUCACGCGACACUGUAUUUAUUUAUUUUAUUUCUGCUGUAUGUCAUAACAAUUGUACUAAACCACACUGAUGAAGCGACGUUUAAUCUCACCGAUUCUUGCACAUUCGGAGUGAUGUUGAGCUCGAAUUAAACAAACGGAUUUCAGAUUCACGCUGCUCGGAGGACUGCGUCUCGUCUGUGUCUUCGAGUGUGACUAAAUCAUCUUAAUUAUCCGAUGAUGAGGGAAUGAAUCAAGAUGAUUAUAAUGGAACAGCUCAUCGAUCACACACUGAGAAGCUGAAACACAUCCGUGCUGCGAUCGUCACAGAGAGGUGUUGCAGCGCUACAGUGCUGUGCAGAAGUCUUUAUACUCCUUGAACUUUUUCACAUUUUGAUGUGUAAAAAAAACAAACACAGAUUUUACUACUUUUUUUUUUUUUUUUUUUUUGGUUUUGGACCAACACAAAUAAUAGAUAAUUUUGAAGCGUAAAGAAAAAAGAUGGAUUGUUUUAAAAAGAUUUUAUAUCUAAAAAAGUCUGGUGUGCUUUUGCAUUCAGCCCCUUUAGCCUGAUAACCCUAAAUAAGGUCCAGUGCCAUUAUUUAUACCUUACCAGUUAUUGGUCUGGGUGUAAUUAAACUGCGUGUAGGUGUAGCUGCUCUGUUAAGAGCUCAAAUGUUUGUUGGAUAAUAUUACUGAAACAAUUUCAAUAUGAUGACAAAGGAACUGACCAGAUCAGGUCAGGAAUAAAGUUGUGGAGAAUUUUAAAGCAGGUUUAGGUUAUUAAACUUAUCAAACUUAUUUUCCGGUGCCCAAGCACUGGAAAAUAAAGUCUUUCUGACCAGAUUAGACUAAAACUAAAUUAGAAAAGAGUUUGGCACGCCUUUAAAAAUGGUGGUGGCAGUAUUAUGCUGUGGGGAUGCUGUUUUGAGGGGGGUAGGGAAAGGAAAGUUACUCAGAGUUGAUGGAAAGGUGGAUGGAGCUAAAAAACAACAACAAAAAAACAGGGUAAUCCAAGGAUUUAGUGGACUGGUUUGGAUCAAAGCAUUAAUGUGGUAAAAUGGCCCGAGAUCUGAACCGCAGAUGUUAUCAGUCCAGUUUGACAAGAAUGGUUACAAAGAAUCUCCAGAUGUGCAAAGCUGGUAGAUGGGACCCCAGAAGAGCUGCAGCUAACAUUGUUUAAAGCGCUGACUCUACAAGCUAAGGGGCAGAAUACAAAUGCAUGCCACACUUUUUUUUUUUUUUUUUUUUUAGAUUAUUUGCGUGAGAAAGCUAAUGCACUAUGUUGUGGAUUAUAUGCAUUGUUAGGCAAUGAGAGUUUUAGUUUUAGGUCAAUAUAAGUGCUCAAUAGGGGGCGCUAGGGUGCCACCCCCAUCAAAAUUGCAGGAAAAAGUGUAAACAUAAUUUACAAAAAUAAAAAGUAAUUCUCACA